CAAACACACACAAGGAAGCAAUUAUUUACAACUUGAACUGAUUUCUUAUAAAUAUAUUUCUUAUAAAUUUAUAUAUAUAUGUAUAUAAUAUACAUCUCUGGGACAAGGACAAGGUAAAAAUGGAUAAACGUCGGUGGAAUGAGAGAAAGACGACCAAAGCGUCUUAUUCCGAAGAAGUUACUAGUAUUGAGUGGAAAGCUGAGAUUAUGUCGGAAGAAGAAGAUGAUCUCAUUUUUCGGAUGUAUAAACUUGUCGGUGACAGGUGGCCGUUGAUAGCCGGCAGGAUCCCGGGGCGUACGCCGGAGGCGAUCGAGAGGUACUGGCUGAUGAAACACGGCUUCUUUUUCGCAAACGUACGAAGAUAAAUUUGUCUUUUAGUUAAUUGAAAUGAAUUUUGUACUUCUAUACUUUCCUCUCGUCCUAGGUUAAGGAUGAGAAAUAAUUAUAUUCUAGUUGAUCUAUAAUGUUCAAUCUUCGAAGAAAGUACUAUUACAACAACUAUAUGAGAUGAUUAUCUAUGAAUUAUAUAUGUGACGCACGUAA